AUGGUGCCUGCUGAAGAAAACCUCACAGCUGUGUUAAACCGAGACAGCUGUCCGAACUGCACCCAACCAUCAGUGUAUGAUGUAAACCUCCCAAAGGUGGUGACCAUGGUGGUGGUUUUUAUGUUUUUUAUUGUGUUUGGAGUAAUGGGUAAUGCACUGGUCAUCAUGUCUGUCGUGUGCCACCAUCAACUCCGUUCAGUCACGCACUACUUCAUUGCCAACUUGGCUGUUGCUGAUCUGUUGCUGAGCUGCGUGGUUUUGCCAUUAUCUGCCUCAUCCGAGGCGCUGGGACGCUGGGUGUUGGGCCGGGCUCUGUGUGGCGUCUGGGCAUCGCUCGAUGUCCUGUGCUGCACCGCAUCCAUCUUCAACCUCUGCGUCAUCUCCGUGGACCGCUGGCUGGCUGUUAGCUACCCACUGCGAUACCCGUGCCUUGCUACAAGUAGGCGUGCUGUUGGUGCCAUGGUGGCUGUCUGGGUGGCGUCGGCUGGCAUUUCUGUCGGGCCACUGUUUGGCUGGAGAGAGCCGAUGCCUGACGAUGAAUCAGUGUGUAACGUCAACGAAGACCCGGGAUAUGCCAUUUUCUCGGCAGCCUGCUCCUUCUACGUUCCCCUUGCGGUAAUAUUAGUCAUGUAUUGUAAAGUCUAUAUAGUGGCACGCAGGAAAACAAGAUGUCUCAACCAUGGGCAAUGGAACAGUGACGUAAAGGACGGGGUGGCGUUCAGGAUCCACCGUGGAAAUGUUCAUCGGAGAUGCCAUGCUGAGAGUGGAAAGGAAAAUGAUGGAAGUAGGAAAUGUCGCUCCUAUGGUGCGCUUGUGAAGCUGCUCACAUUCUCGAAGGAGAUGAAAGCGGCAAAGACCCUGGGCAUAGUGGUGGGCUGCUUCGUCCUCUGCUGGCUGCCCUUCUUCCUCGUCUUACCCAUCAGCUCCAUCUUCCCGUCUCACAGACCCUCAGACACGGUGUUUAAGAUCACCUUCUGGCUUGGAUACUUCAACAGCUGCUUAAACCCCAUUAUCUACACCUGCUUCAGCCAGGAGUUCAAAAAAGCCUUCCAGAAUGUUCUUAAAGGCUGCUGCUUUUGCAAAGACACCACCACCGCCACCCCUCUGAGCCGAAUCUCCUCCCAUCCUGCCCCGCCCUCUUGUUCUGUCACUCCUUCUGGCCCCGGGUUUACUCACACAGGGGCAAAUCAGGUGAGUAAAAGCCUUUUGCAGGCCUGCUGCUUCAGCACCAGAGGCAAAACUACCAGCACUGAGAUGCGUCACGUCUUCAUGGACAUGAAAGGCAUGACGGGAGGACAGGCGGUGUGA